CUUAAGUUUGAUUCUGCAUCACAGGCUGGGAAAAAGGCACUUUCAGAGGCGUUUGGCAUCCUAAACAUCCCGAAAACGACAUUUAGCAUGACGGACCUUAAAGGAGAAAAGUGUGUUUGGUGUUGAUGUAGAUGAAGUGAAGUCAGUGAUGGAGGGAGAUUCUGUCACUCUUCACACUCAUCUUACUCACAUACAGACACAAGAUCACAUACUGUGGCUGUUUGUUCCUCGGGGGGAUCUUAUUGCUGAGAUCUAUAAACAGGCCAAUUUGAGCUUGAUAUAUGAUGUAGGGAGAUUCAGACACAGACUGAAGCUGGACACUCAGACUGGUUCUCUCACCAUCACAAACAUCAGCAUCACAAACUCUGGACUUUAUAAACUACAAAUCCGCAAUAACACAAAAAUUUCAGACAUGAGAUUCAAUGUUACCGUCUAUGCUCGUCUGCCUGUUCCUGUCAUCAUCAGAGACUCUUCUCAAUGUUCUUCAUCAUCAGAAAGAUCUUCAGUGUCAAAAUGUGUGUUGUUGUGUUCAGUGAUGAAUGUGUCACGUGUGAGUCUCUCCUGGUACAAAGGAAAGAGUUUAUUGUCCAGCAUCAGUGUGUCUGAUCUCAACAUCAGACUCUCUCUACCUCUGGAGGUGGAAUAUCAGGAUACAAACACAUACAGAUGUGUCAUCAACAAUCACAUCACGAACCACACACAACAUCUCAACAUCAAUCAACUCUGCCGGACACAUUCAGAAUCUAAACCGGCUUGCAUAGUUUUAGCAUUAAUACUGUUUGUUCUGGUUCUCAUAUGUGGGAUAUGUUUCUACUGGAAAACAAGGCGAAGUAGGGCCCCUGUUGAGCAAGACAAUAGCGACUGCACCAAGGAACAAAAAAAUUCCAUAAUUUGUUAACAAAGAAGAAAACCGUCUGUUAUUGAUGCUGAUGAAGAUUUCUUGGAUGAUAUGGAAAUUUGAAGAAUGCAUAUUUUAUUUAAAUAGAAUUUGUAACAUAUGUCUGUAUGCUUUAAUGCAUCCUGAAAAAAUUAAAGUGUCUGUUUUUUUCCAAACUGCUCAUAAUGAGAUUUGACAGGUUUGAAUGUUAGUAGGCUAUCAUUUAUACCACAAAUGACCAGCGCUAUAAUAGAGAGAGAUUAGUGCAUUCAGUUCUUGUGACUAAAAUGUGAAAUUCCAGUAAAGGUGGAUUCGUAUAGGUAAAUUUUUGUAUUCAGGUCCU